GUCAGAAGUUAAGGAACAGCAAAUAUAUGACCGUAUCUGUAGAUGUUGUUGAAGGAAUUGAGGAAAUGACUAUUGCAUGUAAUGAAGGAACCCAUGAACCAGCAGACAAUAUCACCAACGUUAUAUGUCUUCAGAAUAAAUGGGUUCCAUUUAUUCCUAAAUGCAGACCAAAUCCUUGCAAAGUUCCAGAGUUGAACAAUGGGCAUUACCAUUCCUCUUUACUUGGCAGAAUCCAGUCUGGCACUGAGAUGGAACAUGGUCAAACCAUUUAUGCCAAAUGUGAAAAUGGUUACGAAACAACAAAGUUUUAUUUCACUUCUUGUAAAUAUGGAGAAUUCAAGAACAUUGAAAACAUUUCUUGCGUAGAAAAGAGUUGUAAAUCUCUGAAGAAGAUAACUAAUGGCACAUUUGACGAAAUCGAAAAUGGUGAACAGCUUCCUUGGAUUCCUGGUACCAAAACUAAAGUAAUCUGUGAAAAUGGUUUCAUUCCCAAGAAUGGCAUCACCAAUGUUACAUGUCAGCGAGGAAGAUGGCAGCCUGAUGAACCAAGCUGCAUACCAAAAUCUUGUUUGCUGCCAUUCAUACCAAAUGGAUAUUUCUUAUAUAGAAAUCAUAAACAGAUACAAGACAAACUCAUCAAAAAUGGUACCGCUAUCAAGACGUUCUGUGAUUCAAACCAUAAUUUGAGUGGACCAAAGACAAUUGUCUGUACCUAUGGAAAAUGGUUACCAAAGGUUCCAGUUUGCCAAAAAUAUUCCUGCAUUCCUCUGACAAACAGCACCACUUCUCCCCUGGUUUUACUUCAAGACACUCACCACAGAAAGGAUCAAGAGAUUGGGUCAGUCUCUUUGUUCCAAGACCAGCUCCACCCACAUGGGACUGUUGUAAAACUAGCCUGUGACCCCAGCAAAUAUAAAUCUAAAAAUGGUGUUACAACCUCGACAUGUCUCAAUGGGAAAUGGACUGUGACUGACCUGGAAUGUCAACCAUUUUCGUGUCUACAGUUAAAAAAUGACAGUGUUUCUUCACCUUUGACCUUGAUUGGGUCAACUUCGAGGCUAAUGCUGCACUCAAGUACAGUGGAAUUACACUGCAAUCCACAGACAACCAUUCCUUUAAACAAUAACAUCCGGUCAGUUUGCCAGUAUGGGAAGUGGAUACCAAGUCUUUUGGAAUGUAAACCAAGGCCUUGUGUACUGCCAGAAUUCAAAGAGACAAGCUACAGAUUCCUGAACGACGAGCCAGUGGUAAACUUCACCAUUCCAAGUGGUACCUACAUCCAUGUGAUCUGUGAGAAGCCCCAUCUCAUACCCACAGUAGUGCUUUGUCACUACGGUAAAUGGGUGCUGCCAGUGCGUUCCUGUUUUGACGGUUCCUGCUACAUUAGCCAGAGUGAAAAUAUUGAUUUCUGGACAGACACGGGUUCCGGUGAAAUAAAUUUUAAAAAUUAUGUUCACAAUUCAACUUCUAUAAAGAUUUCUUGUAAAUUGAAUUCUCGGCUGUUGAAUGGAACAGUCAACAAAUUUACCUGUCUUGAAGGAGAAUGGAGCCCCCAUGAACCAUUUUGUGAAAAGAAACCUGUAAAGGCUCCAAAACUACUUAGGACUAAUCCCGUCUGCAAACAUCCAGAACAAGGAGACAAUGUUGUGUUUGUCUGGGACAAUGUUGAUUCCAGAUUCAAAGGAAACAGUUUCAUUGCCAAUGGAACCAGCUUCCAUGCUCGUUGUACUGAUGUCGGUAAUUUCCAGCUGUUGGGUUCCAAUUUCCUUUCAUGCCAGAAUGGUAUAUGGUAUGGAAAGUUACCAGUUUGCCAAAAAACUGAAGAAGAUGAAUCUGCGCCACCAAGAAUCUACAUCAACAUUACAACAACAUGGAGCGAUGAGAGAAUAAGAUAUGUAGUUACUGCAAAUGGAAGUGUUGUGAUCAACGCAGGCGACCGACUGCAACUCGGCUGUUCGCACAACCUGUACGAAACAAAAGACUUAGAAUGGGUGCCGCCAAAUGACAGCAUUCCGGUACCUGAAAGUAUCCCAGAAACUAUUGCUUCCAAUGUCACUGGUGUCCGCCUGCAUAUUUCUCAUUUCACACCAAAUAAUGUGGGACGAUAUAUUUGUAGAAUAAAAAACUCGUCGCUAUUUCAUUUUGUAAAGAUUAUAAUUUUGUGACCAUAAUAACAACGUUUUGAUAAUAUAGCAGAAGGAAGACAGUAAUAAAAUGUUUUGUAAAAUUAUUGUUUUAAUAAUAUGGUAUAAGAUUGUAAAAUAAUGUUUUGUAGACAUUAAAAUCAUGUUGUUGACAGAAA